UUCUUUUUGUUGUGUUCGAGGUUCGAGGAUAAUCAGCUGUUUCAGAUAUAUUUUUAUAAUAGGUACUAAGGUAGAAAGUCAUACAAUAGAAAUUAGAAUGAAAGGACUAGGCGUGCAAGGCUUCAAGAAGGUCUCCGAGGAUCUGGAGAAGGUCAUCGUGAGAGACGACGCGACGUCGAUGUCGACGGUCGAGUCGGAGGAGGACAACUUCCGCACGCGGAUGCCGCUGCACGAUCGCGUAAACGCGCUCAUCCACGGCCAGCGAUUCCAGAUCUUCAUUGUCGUGCUCGUCAUCAUCGACGUCCUGCUAGUUAUCGCCGAGCUGCUUGUCGAUCUAAAGGUGUUUGAGAUGGAACCAGGAGACUCCGGCGAGGACGCGUCCGAGAGCGCGAUCGGCGAGGUGCUGCACUACGCGUCGCUAGCGAUACUCAGUCUGUUCAUGGUCGAGAUCGUCGUGAAGCUGUACGCGAUGCGACUCUCCUUCUUCAAGCACAAGCUGGAGAUGUUCGACGCCGUCGUCGUCGUCGUGGCGUUCUCGCUCGACAUCGCGUUCACGACGAACAAAGGCGGCGCCGUCAACGGCCUCAACCUGCUCGUCAUCCUGCGGCUGUGGCGCAUCGCACGCAUCGUCAACGGAAUUAUCCUAUCGAUGACUGCACAGGCAGAGAAGAGGCUGCACCGUGAGAAGCGGGAGAGAGAGGCAGUCGAAGACGAGCUAGGAAAAUUCCGGGAGUUUUGUGCCCGUCAGACCCAGGAGAUCGAGAGGCUGAGAGAUCUACUCGAGCUGAAUGGCAUAUCUGCGCACAAGGUUGAACGGACGGCAUUCGGCAGCCAGUUGCAGGUCGUCGCAGAGGUCAAUGACAUUAUCACAAGCAAGAAGCUGGAGGCUGACACAUAGAGGUUGCCUGGGUUGGGGCAGUGCAGACGAACCACACUGUCCAAGUUUAGGUGUGUAAUGACUUCAUACACUGGCCUGUGAAAAUUAUGUGCAAUGAAAUAUGAAUACGAAAGAUUGUAUUGGAAAUGAGUCAGUCGAAUAAUCGUGGCCUGAAUUUUAUGCAAGAGGAAUUAAUUAAUCCAGUAUGUGGUCUGGUUCACACUCAAUAGUCCACACAUAUUUUAUUAUACACUAUAAUUUAAUAAAGCAUAACGUUUUGGGUAGUACAUUGAUGAUAGUUACGUAGCCUUAAUUUUUUUAAAUAAUGGCAUGAGGUGGACUCAUAUUUUAAAGUUGGCCUUGUUUUUGCUGAGUCGAGUCUGUGUCAACAGCAGAGUUGGAAGAAAUAUACCGUGUGUGGUACAAACGUGUGAGUGAGUAGUACGUGUAAAAUACUCUCUAAAUGUGCAGCAUGUAAUGUUUUCGGUCUACGUGUGUAUUAUCAUAUCAACUUGACCCGUCUCGAGAGAGAGUACAUGGGAUAAUCUGGGGGCUCUCACACAAUAACGUAUGGCGUGCUAGUGAGUAUCAACUUUUUUAAACAGAUCUGACUAUGUGUAUUUAGAUAUUUGUUAAUAUUUUCCAGUAUUAUGUUUAUUGUAAAAUUCGGAUAUUUGUUACUAGCGAUAGUGUGCUCAGUUGACCUAUAUGUCUGCCAGGAUUGACAAACACGCUAUAUCUUGUGAUAGACCUUCUAAAAAACCAUGCUUGAAAACGAAGCUCCACAAAGUGGACAAUUUGGUGUUGUACGCUUACAAAACAACUGGUCUAGCUUUGUAAAUCUAGCAACAAUGUUAAAACAUGGAGUCAUUAGUUCCCUCAGACAGAUAGGUAAAUUGACCCAUUCGUGUGGUGGUAUUCUUUUGAUGUUUUAAUUUCAAGUGCUUCCCUGAAAUACCCGUGUCAUUUGUGUGUAAACAGCUCAACCUUUAUAACGCGGUGCAGUGAAGUUAAGAAUGGGGUGUAUCUUGGCGCCACCUAAUGUAGAUAUAACUAUGAAUAUUAAGUGUGAAAAUUCGUGAAUAUUUUUACAGUCAAACGUAAGUGUGAAUGGUGUCUGUGCCAAUGAGUGCAUUAGGAAAUCGAUUUUGAUAUAUUUGGUAUCCUAUCUGAGGAAUCUAAAACUACUACUUUUCAGAAAUCUAUUAACCCAAGAAUUUAUCGAGUAUGUGUUUUAUAGCAUAUUUAUCGUUUUGUUUCUGUACUUGUUUUAUGUAAAGUGUAAGUGCCAUGUAAAAUGUGAUAUAUUUUGUAAUUUUAUAGAUAGAAUGGUCUUUAGACCUUAAAAUGACCAGCGCAUCAAAUAAAUGCUUACGAUUCACAUCUGAAAUCAUGUGUGUAAAUCCCACCAAUGACACAAUCUUUGAAACUGUUAUAAUAAUCCAGCUAUCUCUUAUGGAUUGAUAAACCGGUUACUACAGUUAAUAAAAGAGUGAACAUUCGAGGUUUUAGUGA